CGGACGUGCUGCCUUCUUAGGCUCUUUUCAACACAGACUCAGUGUCGUGAAGUGAGAACUGUGUUCGUAAUAGAUUUUUGUGUUUUGUGUGGCUUCGUGACACGGAUUCUUUUGGGGACUGAGUUUUUAUAAACCAUGCAAAGCAGAAAACGCCACCGAAGAAGAAAAACAAAGCUGAUCAACGUCGUCAGAUAAUCGAUGAAAAAAUGUAACCUAAAACGUUGCUCAAAAAUAUCGAAAAUGCUUCAACCGGUGCUCGGUCGUUUGUCAGUGGCAGACUUAUUGGUGACAGUGCUGUUUUUGUGUAGGACGAUAGUGUGUGAUGGACAGUGUCCGAAGUACGCUGAGCGACCUUUGGAGACCAGGGUGCAGGACGCUUCCAUAGUUUUUAGGGCUGUGGUAGUGCAGACACAUCAUCAGAGUAAAACACUAGACUUGGCACUAGUGUCAAUAUACAGAGGAGGCGUGGAGCUGGCCUCCGUCAGUAGAUAUGCAGGCUCGCCUUAUAAUACUACGGAUAGGCAGGUGAACCUCAAAAUAGCCCAGCCGCUGGACCCUUGCUUCAACUGGAGCAUGGCUCCAUCGCAAAGCGAGCUGGUGGUAUUCGCUCGGAUCAGCGACCCUGCUGUGGACUUAGAGACCACACCGCCUGACGGGCCCUGGCUCGAGGCGACAGCUUCUGCUGUGCCUUGGAGCUUGGGCGUAGACAUCGCUAUAUGGAACGCCGUUGAGACCACACCGCCUGACGGGCCCUGGCUCGAGGCGACAGCUGCUUCUGCUGUGCCUUGGAGCUUGGGCGUAGACAUCGCUAUAUGGAACGCCGUUGUAUUCGCUCGGAUCAGCGACCCUGCUGUGGACUUAGAGACCACACCGCCUGACGGGCCCUGGCUCGAGGCGACAGCUUCUGCUGUGCCUUGGAGCUUGGGCGUAGACAUCGCUAUAUGGAACGCCGUUGGCUGGGCGGGCUGGGGGGAGUGGGGGGCGUGCAGCAAAACCUGCGGCGGUGGCAUGCAGGUGCGGAGACGGUACUGUUCCCGGUCAACCUGCGAAGGUUUCGGAGAGCAGGGCCGGGUGUGCAACACUUUUGAUUGUGAGGGUACAAUAAACCCGCUGGCGCCGGGUGCCCGUCGAAACUUCCACCCGGCUCAGGCCCGAUGGGGCUCCGUGGCAGAUCGCCCUCAUGCCUUCAGCCUUCGGCCGAACUCCUACAUUUGGAUAGCUUCAUCAGAACUCUUUCCCAAUGGGAGGAUGUUUCCAAGGGAGUUCACACUGUUUGUGUCACUGAGGCUGAGACCAGAGAGCGGCGGGUACGGGCAAGGCACGCUAUUUUCCCUCCGCUCGCGUCGCCGCACGGGAUCAUUCCUCUCUUUGGAGCUCGCCGGGAGAGGAGCAGCGCGAUUGGUCCAUGCGGGUGCUGGGUCAUCCAGAGCUAUAUACCUGGCGGUGCCGCUAUAUGAUUUCCGCUGGCACCAUAUUGCUAUCAGUGUCCAUGAUGAUAACACGGUACGCGCCUACGUGGACUGCCGCUGGCUUCGUACUGACGUCCUUGAGAAAGACGCGCUUGACACUCCAAGGGAUGCUGACCUCAUUAUUGGCUAUCUGUUUUCUGGGGAUCUUGAGCAGCUAGUGUUGGUGCCAAAAGCGGGUCAGGCGCAGAAGCAGUGCUCCAGCCAAGUUACUGGAAUGUCUACGCCCUACGUGAACAUGCAUUAAGACUUGGCCUGGACAAGUGGACACUACACGCACUAUGGAACAAAGUAUGGAAUCAUGUGCUCUGAGAAAGUUUUAAAAAUUACAUUUUUUUUAUGUGGAAUAAGGUGUCAUAUUUUUUGUAUAGUAUAAAUCAACGAGGUUUUCCGACAGUGCUUGAAAAUGACCCAGGGGGUCACCAGUCAUAACAUCUGAUUCUCGAAUUCUGCUAUUUGCCGCUUGGACGAAGGUCUCUCGAAUUGGUGGGCGUACUUCUCUCCUACGAGGCCGCCGGAGACGCAGACGAAUCUUGGUCACUACAAGUCGAUGGUCACUCCAGCAGUGAGCGCCUCCUUAAACUCUUAAUUUGCAAAUAAUUCCUGUUCGAUCCCUUCUUCAAAUUAUUUGGAAAGUUUAUAUCUCUAUAUUAUUAAGUAUUCAAAUAAUUGUAAACCCAAUCUACCCUCAAAAGGCUCGUUAAGCCACUUGGUCAGCGACAUCAUUAUACGGCCAUAUAAGAAGGUCAAACAUAGGUCGCACAGAGACAAACCCCACUUGAUUUUGUAUUUGGUUGCUUAAUCGACACGAGUAACUACCAGAAAAUGUACAAAUAUUAUUUGUUUUUUUAAGUACUUAAAACUAUAUAGUAUAUUAUUAAGUCUCUUGCACAUCCAUUAUUUAUACCAUCAAUAUUAUUACUUUAGACGUAUAGAAAACAAACCAUAAAUAUUUAAAGCCAUCAUUUGAUGGAAAAACUAUGUUCGCGUUAUGAAUUUAGAAAAUUUGAAUUGUAAAAUAUAAUGUUAUGUUCAAUAUUUUGUGACUUGAGCAGGUCAGGAUACGUAGCCGAAACGAUACGCUCGUAGAUAUCUAUCUCUAUCGCUCUUGCAUAUUGGCGUGACAGAGCCAGACUACCUUUCGCGGCGUUUCGUUUUCGUUUCGCGUCGCAGAAAUGCCAUUCGGCUACGGCACCUGAGAACAUUAUUUAAGUUGAUUAUGAAUGUUAUUAAUUCACAGUUUCGAACUAAAUUGUUUAUAAAUUAAUUAUUUCAACAGAAUUUGCAUCAAAUGUUACUUUAAACAGAGGUAUAAUUGUAACCAAAUUUAUUUCAUUUUACAUAGUAAUAAAAAUGUUCUGAAUAGUAUGGUUUAGUAUAAUUUUCUCCUGCAUCACUUUUCAUUCCACGGUUUCUUCAGAGCAUUUAUAAGGAUAAAAACGGAUAUGUAUUGUAUAUAGCUUUCACCAGAUUUCCCAGAUAAUGACCAACCAACGUGCAUUAAAAACCCAUAAAGCCUUUUUAGAACUAACCGAGGCCCGUACCGGAACCAUCAGGGAGGAUAUUACCGGUAUUGUACGAUCCAGAGCGAUCCGUACAGGACUCUUAAUCGGUAUGCCCCAAAACUGACGAAUCAUUUGAGUUAUUUAUUGCUUUUUAUUAAGUAAUGAAUAAUGUAUUUACGUAACAACAUUGACAUUAAAAACAAAAUGUUAAAUAAAUAAAUAAAAUAAUAAGUCCAAGAAUAAGAUGAACGAAAUAAAUACCGUUAAUAUUGCA